GGUCUCCAUAAAUCUUUGACCACAUUCUUAAUAAAUCAUUUACUACUUGUAUCAUGAAAAUUUGGUAUUUAAACAUCCCUAAACAAUCAAGUUACCAAAUUAUUUGUUUUCCUUUUAAACCACUAUUUUGACUUUAAGUGUCUGACAAUUGAUGAUUUAAAUAUCCAAAUAUCAAAUUCUAAAAAAAAAAAAAAACUAUUAAUUUAUAAAGUUUCAAAAACCAGAGGCUGGAAAAUCAAAUACCAACCCAUUGAACCUUUCAACACGUUGAACUUUCAAAUUCAAUAUUAUGACUACUCUUGUAAUGAAUCUUAUUAAUUCUCCUAUUCUUGGUACAACAGCAUCAUUCCAUUCCUUCACCCCAAAACCCAAAGCUAUUAUCAAAAACACCCACAACAACUCUCAUAUUAUUACCAUGCUCAAAAAACGAGUUAACUUGGUCGAGUCAAACAAACUCACCACAACCACCACCACUGAGUUUGAUGACUCGCUGGAACCCACCACCUCCUCCACCACCAAACCAUGCUUAUGUGGAAGAAGGCACUUCAUUGAAGCUGCUGCAACUGCAACAUUCACAGCAACCACACAGUCUGCCACAGCCACAAAUUCAGAUUCUGACUACACAGCUUUGGUUAACAAGUUUCACCCACCUAAACCUGAUUGGUAUCAAAAGUUCUUUGCUUGGGUUCUGAAUUCAUUUACUAAAUCUUAUGAAGCUGAGGUUGGUCAGUACAAGUCUCAAAUCUUCAAUAUCUUGAAGGAGAAGAAGGCUAACAAAAUCUUGGAGAUUGGCAUUGGAACUGGUCCCAACCUCAGUUAUUAUGCAAGUGAUUCUAAUGUGCAUGUUAUUGGCAUUGAUCCUAAUCCAGAGAUGGAGAAGUAUGCUCGGUCUUCUGCUACAUCGGCUGGAUUUCCACACUCAAAUUUUGAAUUUAUACAUGCUGUUGGGGAGGUUAUACCAUUAAGUGACGCUUCGGUCGAUGCAGUUGUUGGAACACUUGUAUUGUGUUCUGUUAAAGAUGUUGAUCUGACACUUAAAGAAGUGAUGAGGGUGUUGCGACCUGGUGGAGUGUAUGUGUUUGUGGAACACGUAGCUGCAAAAGAUGGAACAUUUCUCCGAUUUUUACAGAGAGUUCUUGAUCCACUGCAACAGACGAUUGCAGAUGGGUGUCAUCUAUCCAGAGAAACAGGAGACAGUAUAUCAAAAGCUGGAUUUUCAAGUGUUGAGCUUGACAUGGCAAUCUUAUCAAAUGCUACAUUUGUAAAUCCUCAUGUAUAUGGAAUAGCCAACAAGUAGGAUUGAAAUUGUGUCUUUGUUCUUCUUAGCAUGCUGCGGUUCGGCUGCUUUGAAAGGAUUCUAGUCAUGAGAGGUUAAAUGAUUAACCAACUAAGCUAAUGGAAUUGUGGAGUAGUUUGAUUUGAUUCAAGCAUUGUUACCUUUAGUAUAGUUGGUGAGAAUUUUUAUGCUCAUUUUAUGCUAGUUAUAAGAAUAAUUGUGCAGUGCUUUAUGGCUGAUAAUAUUAAUAACAGAAAAUGACAGAGUGAAUGUUGGCUGGUGUUCAAAUUUUCAGUUUUUAGUUUAUGUUGUUUU